UCCUGAAGCAGAGGGUACAAAACAUAAACAUAAUAACAGUGAGAAAGGUGCAAAGCAAAGAGAAGAAGGGAUGAGAAGAGAGAAGCUUGCAUGUUAAGGGAGAUGGAUAUCAAUCAAUAAUAUUUACUGCCCUUUGCCGGGAUUGCCGCUGCCGGAUUCAGUGUCGGCUCCCAUUUCUCACUCACUCACUCACUGCUCACUGUUUACUGCAACUCUCUCUCUCUCUCUCGCUCUCUCUAGAAACCUUACCUUUGUUUGUUAUUCACAAAGAAAGAAGAAGCCAACAACACCCAGAGCUACCUACUACUACUCCUCUUGUGUCUGUGUUGUCAUGCUCUUCCUCACUCCACAUAAUACCUUUGUUUAACCAUUCUCUCUCCAAUUUUUAUUUUUUUUAUUUUUUUAUUUUUAAUUUUUUAUUUCAGCCCCCAUCGUCAUAUCAUAUUAAUACUAUCUUUCUCUUUUUCUAUUUGUUUUUCCAAAUUUAAAAAUUUCCCCUUUCCCUCUGUUGAACAAGCCGAGAGAGAGAGAGAGAGAGAGAGAGAGGGAGAGAGAGUAGGUAGAGCCUCGGAUACAGAAGAAAGGAAAGCGAUACAGAUUUGCCAUCGAAGAAAGGAAACAGCACACACCACCCUUGCGGAUUCUGACAUUUGAUGCUAAUGGAUGGAUCUUUGGGUCAGCGGUGGUAAGAGAUGGGCAUAGUGUGGUUUGGGUUCUUGUUGCUGUUGCUGAGUCAGGUGACAUUGGAGCAGAUUGAGCCACUGAGUUCCCCUAAGGAGCGAGAAUCGUUGCUCCAACUAAGGGCUUCUCUGGGGUUGAGGAGCAAGGAGUGGCCAAGAAAGCCAGACCCUUGUUUAAUCUGGCUUGGAAUCACAUGCCAGAAUGGUAGAGUCGUUGGGAUCAAUAUCUCUGGGUUUAGAAGAACACGAAUUGGGAGGAGAAAGCCGGAGUUUGCAGUGGAUGCCUUGGCCAAUUUCACUCUUUUGGAGUCCUUCAAUGCCUCCAAUUUCCUCCUUCCAGGGCCUAUUCCUGAUUGGUUUGGUAUCUCCCUUGUUUCCCUCAGAGUGCUUGAUCUUCGUUCUUGCUCCAUUGUUAGUUCUAUUCCUUCCUCUCUUGGCAAUUUAACCAACCUCACUGCUCUCUAUCUUUCCAACAACAACCUCACUGGGAACGUUCCUGAGAGUUUUGGUCAACUCUCGGCCCUUUUGGUUCUUGAUCUUUCCAGGAAUUCUCUUUCUGGCUUCAUACCAAUGGCUUUUGCCUCUCUUGGGAAUCUUUCUUCCCUUGACAUGUCUGCCAAUUCUUUGUCGGGGCCGAUUCCCACCGGUGUAGGGACUCUUUCCAGGUUGCGCUACUUGAAUCUUUCCAACAAUGGUCUUGCUUCUUUGCCUGCCAGAUUGGGGGGUCUCACUAGCUUGGUUGACCUUGAUCUUAGUGAGAAUUCUUUCUCUGGCAGCAGACUGCCUCAGGGUUUGACCGGUUUGAGGAACUUGCGCCAGCUGAUUCUUGCAAACAGCAUGCUCGCCGGAGUUCUGCCGGCAAGAUUGUUUAAUGAUUCAUUGCAGUUGCAGUUUGUGAUGCUGAGGCAAAACAACUUUAGUGGUUCUUUGCCUGCUGAGUUGUUGUCUCUGCCAAGAUUGACCUUCCUUGAUGUGUCUGCAAAUAACUUCACUGGUAUGCUUCCUAAUUUGAGUUCCUCUGCUAAUGCUACCGUGGCAGAGCUCAAUGUUUCUCAUAAUAAGUUCUAUGGAGGCCUUACUCCUGCGCUCAGAAGGUUUGGUUUUGUUGAUCUUUCAAACAAUUAUUUUGAGGGCAAGGUUCUGGAUUUUAUGGGCAACGUAUCUGUAAGUAGCAACUGCCUCCAGAACGCGACAAAUCAGCGGUCAACUGAGGAAUGUGCAUCAUUUUAUGCGGAGAGGGGGCUCAGUUUUGACAAUUUUGGACGCCCAAAUACAACAAAACCGUCUGCGUCGUCAAAAGAUUCUGGGAUGAGCAAUAAAACUAAGAUUAUAUUGGCUGCAGUCUUGGGUGGAGUGGGUUUAAUUGCUAUUUUGGUGUUGCUACUGGUACUGUUGCUUCUGUGUGCUCGGAGGAGGGGUACUUCAAAUCAAAGAGGAAAUGGUGUGGGUCCUGCUCCUGUUGGCAGCAGUCCUCCAAAUCCUGGCGUAUCAAUUGACUUUCCAAGUGUAGGAGACUCGUUUACAUAUCAUCAGUUGCUCCAGGCAACAGAAGAUUUCAAUGAGGCAAAUCUUAUCAAACAUGGCCACACCGGGGAUUUCUUUAAUGGUGUUUUGGAAGGUGGGGUUUCUGUCGUCAUCAAAAGGAUUGACAUGCGAGCAGCUAAAAAGGAGGCUUACCUGUCGGAAUUGGACUUUUUCAAUAAGGUUUCUCAUCAAAGAUUUGUUCCCUUGUUAGGUCACUGCUUAGAAAAUGAGAAUGAGAAGUUCCUGGUUUAUAAACGCAUGCCAAAUGGGGACUUGUCUAAUAGCUUGUACUACAAAAACACUACAUCUGAAGAUGGUACUUUGCAAUCACUGGAUUGGAUAACUAGGUUAAAAAUUGCUACCGGAGCAGCCGAGGCCCUAACAUAUCUGCAUCAUGAAUGUAUUCCGCCCAUUGUUCACAGAGAUGUUCAAGCAAGCAGUAUACUACUAGACGACAAAUAUGAAGUUCGGUUAGGGAGUCUAAGUGAAGCUUGUGCUCAAGAAGGCGAUAUUCAUCAAAGUAAAAUCACCCGGUUUUUGCGAUUGCCUCAGUCCUCUGAACAAGGCACAUCUGGUGCAUUGACAUCAAAUUGUGCCUAUGACGUUUAUUGCUUUGGGAAAGUUUUGCUUGAGCUGGUGACUGGUAAGCUGGGAAUGAGUGCAACCAGCGAUGCCGAAGCAAAGGAAUGGUUCGAACAGGUUCUACCUUGCAUUAGCAUGUAUGACAAGGAGCCUGUGACAAAGAUUGUUGAUCCAUCGAUGGUUGUUGAUGAGGAUUUCUUAGAGGAAGUAUGGGCUAUAGCCAUUGUUGCCAGGUCUUGCCUAAAUCCCAAACCUUCAAGAAGACCCCCAAUGAGAUAUAUUCUCAAGGCUUUAGAAAACCCUUUAAAAGUUGUGAGGGAAGAAAGUUCCAGCUCUGCGCGGCUUAGAGCAACCUCUUCCAGAGGCUCUUGGAAUGCUACUUUGUUUGGUAGUUGGCGUCAGAGCUCGUCGGAUGUAACAGCAGUGCCAGCAGCCUCUGGUACAAAACUAGAAAGAGCUAGUAGUUUGAAGCUGUCGGGAACUACCGGCUCGCAGUCACAGGGUAGCCUACACAAUGGUGGUGAUGUUUCGUCAUCGCGGAGACGGCAUUCAAAGGAGAUAUUCCCAGAACCAUCUGGCGUACAUGAUGUAGAGAAGUUGGAGCUGGAAUAGAGUUAGUCAUAAAUUUAAUUCAUUUGGUAAUGAGACUGCCCCUUUCUUAUUCUUCUUCACCUCUUGUUUGAUUGGUUGGACAUUUGGAACUGGAAAGUGUUCAAAGUACAUGUGAGUAGUAGACACAAGUGGCUCUCAAUUCCUAUGAUGAAACCUUUCAAAGGGGGGGUGAUUGUAUUUCUUCUUUUCAGUGAUUUUGGACACAAACCGAUGAUGGAGUGGAGAGAUAGAUAUAGAGAGCAACAAGGCCAAGUGCUAUGGUAGAUAUGGAGAUACUUUGACUGCUUGUUUUGGACAGAAACAAGCCCCAUUUUUUUCACCUGUAAUUGAUUUUUUUACCCUUUGUCUCGAUUCCUCUAAUGGAAUGUAAAGUUUAAUGUGUAAGAUUUCUUCAUUCAGAUCACAUUUGUUUUUAUUCUAGAAAAAUGGGGACAGCGUCAAAAUUUGAAAGAAUGAAAAGAAAACAGGUUAUACUGA